UAUGGAAAUUUUGACCAUAUAUCUAGUAAAUAGUAUAGAUUUGUCAGAAGUCGAAAUUCAGACAUACACCCCCCAUAUUGGUGGAUUCCCUACUUAUUUUUAGCUGCUCAUUAGUUUCAUUUGUUCACUGGAUUUCCAAAACUUUAUUUUUUUCUCUUGACAAAGAACCCCCCCCCUCAAUUCUAUUAAAUAAAUAAAUAAAAUCCCUUCCUUUAAAAAAGACACAAAAAUCCUCUGUAGGGAGGCUGUGAGUGGCAGCGAGUAUCGAACAACUUAGGUGCAUAUCAGGAUUUUCACUAUCACUCACUACUAGUCGCAGAGGAUUUGAAUCCCUGAAAAAGGGUUGCGGAUUUUUUUUUUUUAUUUAUCUUUUUUGGUUCAGCAGCUGUAGAAUUAUGUCUAGACUGGCACAAAUAUUUGUCAAUUGGCAAAUUGGAUAGAACUGUAAUUUUGUAAACAGGUUGACCCUUGGUCGUUACAUACAUAUGAAAGCUGAAAGCUUAGGCAGAAAUAGAGUUUGUCCAGUAGUAAAACAAAACUUUGAAAAACAAGCAAAGAUUGUAUUAGUAGUCGACUCUAAACUCAUAGGCUAGGAAGGAACAAAGUCAACGAAGGCAAGAAAUCCCAAGACCAAAGAGGUUUUCACGGCAAAGGAAAUCCGAUCAAAGCAAUCGAUCCAAUGGAGCCGCCACCCUUCCACCACCACCACAACAGGUACGUUCCCGUCGCACCUCCUAUGCUUUCCGGCGACCGUAAUUUCUAUCACCACCAACAGCACCACUUCCCACCACCACCACCACCACCACCACCGACGCAACCUCCUCUCCCCCUUCUUUACCACCAUCACCAUUGUCCCCCUUCACAAUUUUCCUUCCCCAAUUUCCACCCAAUCAUCGAAAGCGGCCCAAGAAGACAACAUCCCUUCCAUGGCGAGCGCCCUCCUACGGCUCCCGUCUUCACUCCAUUCCCAGCUGAUCAUCCCCAUGUCCCUAAUGCCUGGAACCCACCACCUCCUGGUGUUCCUCCUCAGUUUCCAAGGACUUUACCUAUUAAUUGGGUGAACGAACCACCUCGCAAUCCCUUCCCCGCCAACCCCAUUUCUUCCUAUCGAUCUGCACCAGAUUGGACUUUCACUGAUCGGAAGAGAUUAGUUGAUGAUCAAGAAAGUGGCCCUUUUCGUGAGUAUUCGAUCGAUGGGUUUAAGAUGAAUCAGAACGACAAGAUCUUCUAUGGUCAGAGUGAUACUCGUGUUAGUACGGAUGAAGGGAAGAUAGGGGUUUCGACAAGGCCGAAUUCUAGAGAUGCAGGUUCUUAUGCUAAUGGGAUUGAGAUGGGAGAUAAAGAGAUUACGAAGAUGGGGGAAUUUAAUAACGGAGUUUGCAAUGAGGGUUCCCAAGAGCUUGUUCAUAUUCCAAAGAAGAAACCGAAAAGGAAGAAACUAAGACAACUUAGAGCCUUACAAAGAACUCAAUUGGGGAUAACUACUCCUUGGAAGUUGCACUCUUCUGCUAAUUCUGAUGACUCAAGCUCGGGUUCUGAAGUCCCUCCGGUGUUUUCGAAUCAAAGAUUGGAAGAAGAAAAGUGCCGUAAGAUGCUUAGAUAUGUAUGUUCAGAAUUUGAAGCAACAGGUAUUUGUCCUCAAGGGUCCAUGUGCAAGCUUCUCCACCCAAAAAACCCAAAGAUGGGCAAGAAAAGCAAUAGGUCAAAGAAGAAGAAGAAAAAGCGUUACUUUGGUUCUACGCUUACUGAUGCUACUGAAAAAGUUACAGUUGCUUCUAACAAGCCGGCUGUACAGAAUGAUGGAAACAUUUGCUUUCAGGAAGGAAAAUUUGUUGAUUAUAUAAGCCUUGAUUGAUGUUGGGGAUGAAGAAGCUGGAGAAACUACCAAUAUGACUGAUAUGGUGAUAGUAGAGGCUAUCUGAUGAUAAUUCAACUGCAUGACAAUAGUCCGAUGACAUUUGACUCGGAUGACAUUGACUGUGAAAAAACAGGACAACACCUUCUUCACUUGCUUUUGAGGGUCUGCUACAAUGUUAAAACAAUUUUCAAAGGAACCAAAUGCAAAGCUGUAGAUUUAGUCGAUGAUAAUUUUGUGGUCUCCCUUGAACCAAAUGUUCUCUUCUCCUAAUUGAAGCACUACUUUUAUCCAAAUCAUGGAAGCCUGUUUUCUUAUGGAAGGAUGGCUUGGAGGUUUCUUGUCACCCAUUUGGUUAGUUCCGCUGGAUGAUCUAGAAUUCUUGUUCAGAGGAAAAAUGAGAUCAGGAUUCCUGUUUCCGUUUAUGAUCAUCAUGAGACUGUUAGGCACAAGAGAGCCCGGCAAUGUUAAAAUUAUACUUCUUACAGUAAAAUCAUAGAAGGCCUUCAAUGAUAUUAGCUUUUGCUUUCCAUCCUCAAAGAUGGGGUUCCAGAUCAUUCAGAGUAACCAGUUGAUGCCUUGAGAACCAGGGAAAAGCAAUCAAAUUUUGAUAAAAGUAAUUAGAAUUACAUAAAUACCCGUGAAAUGCUUCCCCUGUUCUUUUGUGCAUUAUAAGGUGCACAUAGAGGUGAGUAGGUGACCAUUACCAAGGAUUUCAGGUCGAGGGCCAAACCUCAUGUUUAACAGAAAAUCCAAGCUCAGUAGGUUUGAUAAGAAAAUGUCGUUCCUUUUUGUGUUUUCUCUACCACUCUUAUUCUACUGAAAAAAAAAAACCCCUAUCCAUGAAUAAAGGAUAUCAAUUCUUUGGCUCUUUACAAUUUUCUGCUGAGUACUUACAUGGCUCAUAAAUCAAAGAUACAGAGCAAACCAAUACUUAAUAACUAGAUACCAAUCCUCCAUGGCUGCAAGCUCCACUUACAUGGCUUCAUCAAAUUUCUCCAUGUUGGGUUGGGUUGGAGGGAGGAAAGGACUGAAAGGGAAGAGGAUCUAUUCUAUAUCAGCUCACAAAAAACAGAUGUACAACCUCAAGCAAAUGUAUCACAACAGCAACAAGAACAAGUGAAAGUGAAGCAACAAUAGGCAAAGCAACCAAGGCAACGGGUAAGAGUGAGAACAUGAGUAGGGAAUAUGGAGGGCAAUGGCUUAGUUAUGUCACUCGUCAUGCGAGAAUAUAUGCUGCCUACAUUGAUCCAGAAGCCAAUGCCUUUGAUUAAACCCAAACAGAUAAACUCACCAUCAUUCUUGAUCCCACCAAUGAGUUAGUGUGGACUGGUGAGACAUGCAACAAGGUCUAUGCUUACUUCCAGGAACUUGUCAAUCACUAUGAGGUAGACUAUCAUCUCCUUUCACAUUUUAUGUAAUUUACGUAUUAAUAGUCUCUUUGUCUAAAGCAUUUGAAAUAACCCUACAUUUUGUCAAAGUUAAUGCUUCUGGAGAGAAAUCGUUGUUAACUCUCUUCCAAACAACUGUGACACUAGACUCAGAUCUACUAAGCUAGUUUUUAGUGGCAUUGUAGAGUGACAUUCUGUAAUAACAUAUUAAAUUUCAUAAUCGGAAAGCUGAAAGUUGCAGCAAUUGAAUUGCAUUAAUUUUAAUGUCCAUCUUUGAAACAAAGUACCCGAAGUCCUUAUUCUAAUGAUCUGUUGUCUGAAAACCAAAGUUAAGUUGAUUCUUGGUGGAUAUUUAGGCCCCAACUUUUGAAGUCCGAAUUUCUAUAUUGCAAAUGAUGAUAGAACAGGCUUAGUUCUUUCAUGAUGCAUUUGAUUUAUGAGCCUAUAUAUAGUUGGAAACUUGAAAAGGGGGUUUGUUACAAAUUAAGUCCUUCAACUGGAAACCAAUCACCCAAUGAAUUUUCAUGUUCAAGUGAAUCUGACGUACUUAAACACUUAAAGUCACUAUCGGAAAGCAACAGAAAGGGAUUGGACCUUUAGAACGUAGGAAUAGUAUAAAAGCUGAUGCAAUACAUAAGUAACUGAUCCUUAACAGAGAACCAACUGGUCUUCUAGAGGGUUGCUUGUUCAGUCUAAUGUGAAGGGAAUUGCCAAUAAUAUGAUGUGCAUAUCUCUUGAGACUGGUAGUUUGUCUGGAAAAUCAUGAUUUCCCUGUUCAUCUUGUGAGCACUACCAUAAACCACCCAAAAGGGUGAAAGGGUAAAUGUAAGCCUGGUUAUGUCGACUACACCAUUGUUAAGGACCACUCAGAUGGAACAAUUUUAGUCCAUUUUAACUCAGGAACAAGGUAUUUAACCCUAGCUAUAAAGUUCUUUUACUUUGAAGCACCUUUCUUAUCUUUAUGCAGCAUUUCCCCAUCACUUAAUUCCUGCAAAUACUCAGUAUUUGGUAAUGAAGCUAAGUAACAAAAAGCUUGUGUUUUUAUUUCCUAGAAAUAAUUAUUUUGGGGUCAACGGGGAAUAUAAAUUUAUUAAUUGAAAUUUAGUGUUGCUGUGACUGAAUUUAGUUGCUGGUUAUUUGUAAGCAGGGAGCUCCAUUAACAGAAUACACAGUGUCUUAUUGGUUGAGACAUUGAACAUGUUGGGGUACAAUGUCCUGUAUUCCGUUGCUUGCAUUUGUGGGCUGAUUCUGAAUGACUGUCCAGAGGCCUGCAGUUCCAUGCAGAGGUUCAGGGGGCGGCAAGCCCCGAGGAAUUUUUUAGGAUUACAUGAGUAUUAUGGUGAAUUGUGCCUAUGUAAUGUUCGCUAUGAAUUGUAGCAAAUAAGAAGUUCAUUCUUUGUAAUUUGUGC